GGAAGGACGGGGCCGGGGGUGCGGGAGCGGGGGCUGCGGGGAUGGAGAGCCGGCCUCCGGGCGGCCCGCGGGCCUCGCGGCUCCUCGGCUGGCUCCUGGUCCCGUGGGCUCUGCGCCUGGCAGGAGGACAGUCCAUCAGCCACACGGGUCCCCCCAUCGUCGCCUCCCUAGCCAACAGAACCGCCUCCUUCAGCUGCAGGAUCACCUACCAGUACACCCCGCAGUACAAGCAUUUCCACGUGACUUAUUUUCGUGUGGACCUCCAGGGCAGAAAAAGCAAAGAGUGGCCCACUGACUGCAGACCCGGCCCGGGGGUCGAGAACCAGACCUACGCCUUGGAUUGCCCGGUCUCCCCAAGGCUGCUUGACGCCUCGGCCACGGGCACCUAUUACUGUAGCGUCUACUGGCAGAGCCUCAUCGCUCACGGCAAUGGCACCUUCAUCCUGGUGAGAGACACGGGGUACCGAGAGCCCCCGCCCAGCCCCCGGAAGGCCCUCUUCCUUGGCUUUACCGGGCUCCUGGGUGUCCUGAGUUUGCUGCUCACGGCCCUGCUGCUGUGGAAGAAGAAGCAGAUGCUGGCUCUUAUGAAGCACCCCACCCAUACACGUCCAGACCCACAACCUGCCAGCCGGCCCACGCAGCCCCCAGAAGAGUCUUUCUACACGGCCCUACAGCGCCGAGAGACCGAGGUCUACUCCUCCAUCGAGACCAAGGCUGGCGGCCUGCCCUCUGCCGAAAGCCCUCCGUCCCAGAAGAAACUGCAUAGACAAGAAGAUGUCAGCGAAUUUAACCUGGUCUACGAGAAUCUCUAG